GGUGCUCUGGUGACCACAGCCCCUGCACAUCUCUGUGGAGGGGUACCAGGGGCGGACUGACAACUCAUGGGGCCCCCGGGCAAUAGGGGAUCAUGGGGCCCCUGUGUCCUUGCCCAAACUCAAAAAAGCCUAUGAAAAAAGGUACCAGGGGCAUCUCAUGGGGCCCCAUACUGACCCCGGGCCCUCGGGCAGUGCCCGAGUUUCCAAAUGGUCAGUCCGCCCCUGCUUAGUACUCAAUGUUACAAAAUACACGCACCAGUAUAUGCUAGAUGUAAUCAGCAGGAGGAAAGGGAGAGUUUAC